AGCAAUAGGGCACGGAGCAGCACCGUUCUUGUGCAUGUCUGGAAAUGACCACCAUUUGAGUCCCCCGAUUAGCGAAGAAACAAACGUCCACUGUGUUAGAGUUCCGCUUAACACAGUAAGGGUAAGACCCAGGACACUCCGUGCACGAUUGAUAUAUUUUAGUCCUGCCAGCCUCGGUACGGAGAAACACCUCGACUUGAGGAGUCCUGUUUUCAGUCGCCUCUUACAACAUGGGAACAAGAAUCUAGCAGAUUAAUUCUUGGUUGAUAUACUUUAACCCGCCGGAUACCACACGUCCUCUAGGCUGGAUUUGUCCAGAGAAAGAUAAUAGGCUGUUAUCAACUUCGUAGUGGACCCCAGCCAGAUAUUCCAUAAUAAUCUAUCUCAUUAUGUGGGGAACGGAAAACAGUUUUUUUGGGAACAGUUUUUGAAGGAAAAUACUGUCUCGGUUAGUUGGGCAAAAUAGUUAUGAAAAAGAAAAAACUUUCCAGUACAGGUUUAGGAAUUUAUUUUCAAUAUAAAAACCUCAUUCAUGCGCCACCCACAGGUAGUUCAGGCAUCUGAAGCAGUAGUAUAUUACUAACUAAAUGAAAUCCUUGAUGAUCAUCGGACUUGGCAUGUGCCUGAUGGCGGUUACCUUCACGGCUCCAGCUUCCAUUCUACAGACCACAAUUUUGAACAUCCUCACAGGCGGCAAUAACGUUCUAAGCAAUCUACAAACGCAACUGCCUACUCUGACUAGUGCAAUCAACGGUCAGGUCAAUAAAAUUACCGCCGCUCUUUCCGGUGUAUUGUCGAACGCCAACAAUCAAUUGAUCACAGAAUUGACAAAUACUCGCGCUUCCCUCCAAAGUGCUCAGACGGCUCUCACCAGCAUUGUUGCCAAUGGAUUGUCACAAGUCUCUACCGAUUUGACCACAACACUGAACACUCAAACCGCUCAGCUGUUGACAGAGAUUGCCAACGUGGACAGUACUUUAACUCAAGUUCUGGCUGCUGGAAAUAGCGCUUCAUCGGAUCUGAUCAGCGAGCUGGCCAAUGCUACUGCAAAUCUGAACGCGGCAACAGCUAGCGUGGCCUCAAAUGUUAACUCCUUACUCGAAAAGUUGCUGUCCCAGAUUACCGGAUUGCUUGGAUAGUUUGCAUUGUGCUAAAAUUGAAUAAAGAA